CCUUCCUCUAAUUUCAAUCAAGAUUUCAACUCUCAAUUCUAUUUUCCCCAAAUCUCUCUGUUUUUUCUGUUUUUGUUUUGGUUCUAAAAAUGGAGGUGCGGCCAUUGGAGAUCAGAAUCAUCAAAGCCCAUGACCUCAAAGACGUGAAUCUCUUGUCCAAAAUGGACGUAUACGCCGUCGUUUCCAUCUCCGGCGACCAAUUGAACAACCCCAAGUUGAAGACCGCCGUCGACAAGGACGGCGGCACCAGCCCCAAGUGGAAUUUCUCCAUGAAGUUCGCCGUCGAAGAAGCCGCCGUCCUGGAGAAUCGCCUCACCCUCAAGAUCAAGCUCAUUUCGAAUCGGAGUUUGGGAGACAGAGAAAUCGGCGUCGUUUAUGUUCAGAUCAAAGAAUUGUUCGACAAUGGCGGCGGCGGCGGCGGCGAUGAGGAGAAAUCCGGUAGCUAUAGCGUUCGUUUGUCGAAUGGGAAGGCCAAAGGGACUUUGGAUUUGGCGUAUAAAUUUGGGGAGAAAUAUAAAUUCGAACCACCACCGCCGCAACUGCCGCCGUCUAGCGUGAAGACCGCCGCCGACGCGCCGCCGCCCAUGGCUUAUCCGUCUGCGUAUCCUGGCUCCAGCUCCGCGUACGCGCCGCCUCCCGCGGCUUACCCCUACCACGCGCCGCCGCAGGGCGCGUAUCAACCACCGCCUCCGGGAUUUGGUUAUCCACCGCCGGGGUAUGGGUACGGUGGAUACCCGCCGCCGCCGCCUCCAGGGUAUGGACACCCGCCGCCGCAUAAGGGCCGCGGCGGCGCCGGUUUGGGGUUGGGAUUGGGAGCUGGUUUGCUCGGUGGUUUGUUGAUCGGAGAUAUGAUUUCCGACGUCGGAGAAAUGGCGGCGUUCGACGCCGGUUACGACGCCGGAUUUGGGGAUGCUGGUUUCUAGAUCAAUUUCACCCCCAAAAUGGAAAAUUUUAUAUAAAACUAAAAUUUAUAUAAUUAUCUUAAUAAACUAAUCUUUAUAGUUUAUAGAAUCUCUUAUUUUUGUUUGUCAGUAACUAUUUCUCGUUUUUUAU